AUGGCCGAAGUGUCGCAAACCGAAGAGCAUACCUCAUAUAUAACCUGGGAUGAUUUGCGAGCUAUUGUUGAGACGAACAACCUCUCCGUACUGAAGAGAACGCCAUCUGAGAUGAGUCGUUACCGGCAAUGGACUGCCGCAACAACGGCAGAAUAUGGAAGCUUGACAAAUUAUCUCCUUGUUCAUCGUCUCCCUAAAGCAUGGGGAACGCCUCCAUUCACACCACUGUCAUGCAUCCCUUUCGAGGAUCCGUCCGACUAUCGAGUCUUACUGAAUGACUGGCCGUACGGCUUUGCACCAAAUAUCACGCAUAUGAUUGCUUGGACCAGAACUGCUAUCCCAACCGAUUCGGAUAUCGGCGAUAUAACCCUGGAGAGCAGGAAGUCAAUUGAGAGUUUUGUUAAGAGAUAUUUCGUUGAUAGGAUUGGACGUUGUGCAGAGCCUCGAGUCAUAUGGUUCAAGAAUUGGGCCGCUUUGCAAAGCGUGAGGGCGCUGGACCACAUCCACGUCCUUGUACGGGAUGUCGAUCCUUGCCUUAUAGAGGAAUGGACGAGAGAUCAAAGUAGUAUUUAG